GUGACGUCAGCAGAGGCUUCAUGGCGCUCAAAUGGGCGUUGGCAGUAGUGGUGUCCCUGGCGACCUGCGCUACCCUGAGCCUUUCGCUCCCUCAGGAGGUCACUGCGCGGGAGAUAGACACACCAGAGGCACUAGGGUCAGGUCAGGAUGUGUCCCUUGGUGAGGAGUUGAGCAGGGAUGCUAGGAUGGCAGAAAACGCCCUUGGAGAGACAGCAAACACAGUAAACAACCCUGUGGAGGAGGCAGAUGGAGUGACGGACGAGCAGUUUCCAGUUUCCAUUCAGGAGGGAAUGGACUUCGGAACCUUGCAGAAGAUCCUGAAUGUGAUCAUGUAUAUAAUUGACUCCUACUUCGAAUCAGCCUCGCUCGGGGACUGGCUGGCGACACUCGGGAUGGCUGAAAGAGAUGAGUCCCAAGAGGUAGCGAGAUUUAAGUUUUCACCUCCUGUGGUGGCGCUGGUCGAGGCGUUGCGUCCGCUUGGCUUCACUCCUUACCCGGAUCCGUACGUACCGUUGGCCAUCGUCAAGAAAGACUUAUUGAAGUUCUCGAUAAACACUCUCGGCUUCUUCGGUAUCCUGGCUCUGUUCUGGCGAGAGUAUCUGCCUAUUCCGUAUUACGUGUACGAGAAACUUGGUUUCCCUCAAUUCUUCCCGGGUUACCCUGACCCACAUGAGUUAGACUACCAAGGCGAUGGAAUGGACGAGGAGAUGCAGCAGGACGAGGAAAAUCAAACAGAGAAUCCAUAUGGAGCCGAAGAGGAGAAGCAGAACGAAGAAAAUCAAACAGAGGAUCCAUAUGAAGGCACAAAAGGGCAAGAGGAUGUGCAGGACCCUAACGGACAGGAAGAAGGGAUAGAAGAGGAUAACUAUUACAAAGUAGGGGAGGAGGAGAAGGAGCGGGAACAUGAAAGCUUUGCAGUGUUUAAGCAGAAGGAGAAAGACGAGAUGACCUCAGAGGGAUACGAGACUAUGGACUACCAAUACAAAAACUCUCUUUCCGAAAACCACACCCAGGAGAUGGACCAGGACACACAGAGCAGCUACUCCCAGUACUACUACACAUACCCACAGUACGCCUAUGGGAGCUACUACACGCCAUAUGAGAGUGCAUGGGACGCCUAUUACCAAGCCCAAGGGGAGAAAGACUGGUUACAGGGACCUUUAAGACAUUCAACUGAUACAAAUCGAAGGAUAAUUAAAAAGAGACCAGGACACCGUAGGAUAUUGUCAAGACGCCCUGGGUCUCAUCGUUUUCCCUCCUCUUCCUCCUCUUCCUCUUCAUUCCCCUUCAGUUUGUUUUCGUAAUGUCUGGGUGGUGUUCUUAAAUUAUUUAGGCUCGUAUCUCGCCAUGAUUCGGAAGUUUGUUUAUAUUUGUGUGGUGUCUCGUAUGUGAUGUUUCGUUGAUUGUCUGUUGAUGAUUUAAUACACCAAAGAGGACAAUGGAAGGAAAAUGUAAAAGGUUAUUAUGCCUCUGUGUAUAUAUGUACAUUAUUUAUUUAUUCAUUUAUUUAUUUAUUUAUAAUUAUUAACCAUGUAGGAAUUUUCGGCAUUAGAGACGUGUAUCUUGCUUUGUAUGAUGUGUAUUUAUGUCUGAAUGAGGUAGUUAGUAUUUUACCUAUUUGACUGCCUUUCUGUCUAUGUAUCGGUCUGUUUAUCGAACUGUCUAUUUAUGUCUGUUUUUUUUUUCUUUUUAUCUGGCUAUCUAUCCUUCUGUCUAUCUGUUUCUAUUUAUCAGUCAGUCUAUUUAUUUAUCUAUCUAUCUAUCUAUCUACCAAUAUAUCUAUCCAUCUAUCUAUUUAUUUAUAUAUUUGUCUACCUCUCUAUCCGCCUAUCUAUCUAUCUGUUUAUCUAUUUGUUUGUCUGUGUGUCUGUUUACCUACUAUUUAUCUAUCUACUUACCUCUCUGUCUGUCUAUCUAUCUAUCUAUCAAUUUAUCUAUCUAUUCCCGUAUCGCAGGCUGUGGGAAUAUAAAAGGUAUGUAUUUAUCUAUCUAGAGCUUUGUACAGGGGCGCAGAUAUACAAUACAUAUACAUAUCAUCUUGUGUUUGAGUGAUUAUCUGGAUAGCUGUAGCACUAAUAAACUAAAUGAACGAG